CAGCAACUGUCAUGGCGGCUUCCUUGAAGGGGGUUUGGUACUGGAGAAAGUAGCUGCUGUCAUUUACCUGAUUUCUCCCUAUUAACGCGCAGCUGACGUGGACUGAAGGGGGUUUUUUUGGCGCGGGUAGUUAAAAUGGGGACUGUCCAUGCUAAGAGUCUGGAUCCUCUCCCAAUGCAUGGCAGGGACUUGCGUGUCCAUCCUGAUGACUUGAUGGAGACUCCAGACCAGGAGCAGGACUCCAAACAGGAGAUCCUGGAAAACAAAGAUGUGGUUGUCCAGCAUGUCAACAUCCAGGGCCUCGGGAGAACCAAAGAGGAUCUGCUCGGCUAUGAGAUCUCUGAUGUUUUCCAUGCCAGAAAUCUAAUUGAUGUGAUGAAAAGAGCUCAUGUUGCCAGACUGAGGCUGCUCCGUCUGGGAAUCUUCAAAGAGGUGGAAGUUCUAAUCGACACAUCUGAAGGCACAGAUGCUUUGCCCAAUGGCCUCGAUGUGACUUUUGAGGUGACGGAGAUCAAGAGACUGACAGGAAGCUACAAUACUAUGGUUGGCAACAAUGAAGGAAGCAUGGUUCUGGGUCUGAAGCUGCCCAACAUGCUCGGGCGAGCUGAGAAGCUUACCUUCCAGUUUUCCUACGGGACCAAGGAGACGUCCUAUGGCCUGUCUUUCUUUAAGCCCCAACCCGGACACUUUGAACGCAACCUCACCCUCAACAUGUACAAAGUGACCGGACAGUUUCCGUGGAGCUCCUUAAAAGAGACCGACAGAGGUGUAUCUGCAGAACUAAAUUUUCCUCUCGGGAUGACCAACCACACGCUGAAGUGGGAGGGGGUUUGGAGGGAGCUGGGCUGCUUGGCACGCAGCGCUUCCUUCGCUGUGCGAGAGGAGAGUGGACACUCACUGAAGUCCGCCCUCUCUCACACCGUGUCAGUCGAUUCAAGAAAUUCUGCCAUCUUUCCCAGCAGAGGUGCCUUACUUCGCAUCAACCAGGAGCUGGCUGGAUACACUGGAGGAGACGCCAGCUUCUUGAAGGAGGAUUUUGAGCUGCAGCUCAACAGACGGCUCUUCUGGGACUCUGUUUUGUCUGCCUCUCUGUGGGGUGGGAUGCUGUAUCCUAUUGGAGGACAGCUGUCCUGCAUUGCUGACAGGUUCUACCUUGGAGGCCCAACCAGUGUACGAGGAUUUGGGAUGUACAGCAUUGGACCACAGAGUGAAGGUGACUAUCUGGGUGGAGAGGCGUACUGGGCAGGUGGUCUGCAUCUCUACACCCCUCUACCAUUCAGACCAGGCAAGGGAGGCUUCGGAGACCUUUUUAGAACACAUUUCUUUCUCAACGCAGGAAACCUCUGCAAUCUCAACUACGGUGACGGUCCUCGAGCACACCUUCAGAAGCUAGCUGAGUGUAUUCGCUGGUCGUACGGAGCGGGCAUUGUACUGCGGCUCGGAAAUAUUGCCAGACUGGAGCUCAACUACUGUGUGCCCAUGGGAGUUCAGAGUGGAGACAGGAUAUGUGAUGGUGUCCAGUUUGGUGCAGGAAUUCGCUUCCUGUGACCUCAUCUGCGCUCCAGCUGACUUUCUGAUGUGAAAAGGGAAAUGUCUUGUCAUCUGUCACCUGUAGCUUGUUGUAGACUGUGUAACACUAGCAUGGGUCCUGUGUCCUGAAUAAAAUGUGCCUGACCUUGCCACACCCUUCUUUUAUAUGCACCAAAAUGAUAGUAACACAUUUAACAGACUGAUUGGAGAGUUAAAAAGAACCUGAUGUAAGAUUUGUUUAGCAGUCCUGCAAGAAACACAGUAAUGGUGAAAAAAGCGUUCUCAUUAAUAGAUGAUUGAAGUAUGUUUCCAUUUGAUUAAGUUUUCCUGUGUUUGAGGUCAGCAGCACUGGCGCCUUGUUUGUAGUAAAAUAAUUCACCGGUGUUUUCAGCUACUGUGUUUCCUGUGGCAACACAAAAUAAAUUAUUCCCAGAAUGUUUAAAGACAUUCUAGGAAUGCUGUCCCGUUUGCCUUCUAGCUCUGCUUCUUACCCAGGAGCACCACGUGUUAAUGAUUUUAUUUGAUAGUUAAUCAUAUACCACACACUCCCCGACCUGAUCCGUUUGGUUGAAUUGUACUUUGUGAUUGAUCGACUGCAGUACAGAAACCAGCACUUUUUAGAUCCAAACCGUGGCGCAGGAAGGAAGUGAAGAAGAGCAGUGUGGGAACCCUCCCCUGAGCAGCACCCACCAACAGUGCUCUUACCUCUUUUUGAUGUUGUUGAAGCUGUUCACAAAUAAAUCACGUCUGCUCCCUGC